AACCUAUUCCUGAUAAAAGAAAAAUAUAUAUACAAAUACACUAUAAUGUGUACUUAAAAAUUCAUUGAAUGAACCAUUUCCCCCAAGGGACUAUAUUUGACUGAACCCAUCUGGAGGAUAGUACUAUGCAUGCGGAGUUAGUAAACCGCCCCUGGGCAUCUGUUCUUCACUGGGACUAUCUCCCACGCAUUCUCUCUCAAUGGGUUUAUGCCAAUAUUGGCUCUUAGAUCCAGGAGAUCUAGCCGUCCCAAACGAAGGUUGAUUUAGCUUUACAAGAACAGUACAGCCUGAGUCAUUAAUAAGUUUCUUUUUACAUUGCAUCAAUCCGUAAUUGAUAAAUUUUGUAGCUUUUCGUUCAGGAAUCUAUACCGGUAGUACAUCACGUUUUGGAUGAAUCUAAAGUUCAAUUGCUAAGGUUUUCCACACUUCCCUGAACCAUUAAACUCUACAAGUCAUGAUAUGCAUAGAAUGGUUCAAUCAGAAGGAAAUUCUAUUUAGUGGUGAUAUCUGUGGACAAAAAUCCUGAGGGAAAAUAUUUCUGGAAAAUAUUGCUGGAUCAACAUAAAAGCAGUGGUGGAUUGAGAUAAUUUCAUUAAGAUAAAUUUGCAGUGAUAUUAAACCUAAAUAGCUAGAGGCUUGCUUGUGAAAUUGUACAUCAGCUAGCAGCAGAAAUAUUUACGAGUGAGCUUGAUCCAGCUGACAAGGACACACUACACAGUUGUUUAAAGGACUUAUUGACUGACUAGAAUAUCCAGGAAUAUCCUUUGAUGUAUUGAUUGUUGGCAAACAAUAGCUGCAAAAUUCCUGGAGUUUUUAUAACCAGUUGCUGCACUAAUGUAAAUAGGUAUUGAUUGGGUCAUAGUGGAUCAGGAAGGCAGGGUGAUCGUAAACCUUGGAGUUCUGGAUGGAAGCUUCAGAUCCCGAUACUUCCAGAUGACUCUACAUCUGAACAGAGAGAGAUAAAGAAUGCAUCAGUUGCCUCCCUUGCUACUGGUUAUAUUGUGUACACUGUUUACAGCUGUAUAUAGUUGUGGGAGAACACCAGCUACCCCCCGCCCCACCACUGUGGCACCAGUGACAGUCACCACAGGAUUUGUUAGUCACCGCAAACCAUGUACAAAAAAUGAAACAGAGGCACAGAACUGUCUGAAUGGAGGGACUUGCUUUGUUUUGGAGAUUGAAGUUGGAGAAGGAAGAACUACGCACUGUCAAUGCAGAGAGAAUUACAUUGGAAAGAAUUGUUUCUACAUUGACCCAACAUUGAUAUUUCAACAAGAAAGAGAUGACCAAGUAAAGGCUGCCUCAAUAGCUGCCAGCGUGGUGGGCAUUGUUCUCUUUGUUACAGUCAUUGUGUGUGUCCUGGUGCUUCAUAAAAGAUAUGUCAGGAAGAAGAAACAAGAACAAGAAAAGGAAAAUAUAAAACUACAGAGUGUAAAUACUGAAUCAAAUGCAACUACAAAUGGAAGAAGCAAUGAGGGAGAACUCCUUUUAACGUGUAAUGGUCGUCAAACGGACAAUUCAUUAUAGCAAGGAAGUUGUGUUAAUUGAAGAAAAGAAAAAUAUUCACCAACAAAAUACUCCAAGUGGGAUGAAAUAACCUUAAUUCAUUCUCAGAAAGAAAAGGAAAAUCUUGAUGUACUCAUUUCAUGUGUGAUAAUGACACAAUUCGACCAAAAACUGUGAGCUUUAUGAUUUGAAAUGAUGCAGCAAUAUGUCUUUCCUUAACUUUGCAUUUAAAUUUCACACUUAUACCAAACAAAUAUUUUAUAACAACUGAAAUGAAAUGGUGUGCCAUAGUUGUGACUGUUUACAUCAAUAGUGUAUGGCAUUGUAGUGUUUAUUUGUACUCUCUAUGAAAUCCAGCACCAAUGAGCAGCCAAAAGAUCACACAUUCUUCAUCAACCAAUCAAAGCCUGUUGUGCAUGUAGUGAUGGGUCUUCAUCAACAAACCAAUCAAAGCCUUUUGUGCAUGUAGUGAUGGAGGAAGAAGUCAAUUUUGUGUGACCUUCAGCUAAAUGCCUCAUCUUUUCAGAAUUCCAAAGAGUGUAACCACCUAGCAUUCUGACAGCAAAGGAAAUGAUGUUUAAUUUUAACCACCUAGCAUUCUGACAGCAAAGGAAAUGAUGUUUAAUUUUAACCACCUAGCAUUCUGACAGCAAAGGAAAUGAUAUUUCAUUUUAACCACCUAGCAUUCUGACAGCAAAGGAAAUGAUGUUUAAUUUUUCUACAAAGUCGCUUAUGACUGCAUCUGUAUUUUUCCUUAACUAUAGGUUGCAUCAUGUUAAGGAAAUUGUCUUCUCCAAAUAUUAUGCAUCCUUCAUAUUUAGAUUGCAUAAAUAAUUUAAUCCACUGCAAUCCUAUAGGUAUUAAAGACAUGUUAACUCAUUAUACAGUACAUGUUUAACACUCAAUUUAGACCUUAUAUGGACUACAAAUAGACAUUGCUUACAAAACAGAACAUGUAAUUAAAUUUUGCAAUAUUUUGCUCACAUUCUAAAUGGAAUUUAAACAGAAAAUGUUGGAUGAAGAUCUUGACUCAGAGUGAACAGUUAUGUUUGCGGCUAGUUAUGGUUGGGAGACAAGGCUGAUAUAGUCAAUGAAGGUUACAUUCCACAUUUUUAAAAUUGAAAAGAAAUUCUGUAUGUAAUCAUGAAUGAAGAAAGUAUAUCAUAUUAGCUAAAAUAAGAAGUUUAUAAACAUGACAGUACUUAAAUUUUAUGAAAAAUGUCUUAAAAUGUGCACAGUGUUUUGAGUAAUCUGUAGAUAAUUCUAAGAAUUUGCUGUGUUGAUUUUAAUGUGUACAUUCUGCUACAAAAAUCAAAAUAGUGCAAACCUUCAAGCGUCCUUGAUACAGAUGAAUGUCAUAAGACGAUUUGUAAGUUAUUAUUUAUAGCAGAGUAAUUUAUGUUUUUAGUGUAUAUUAUCAAGUUAUGUAUACCAUUAUAUUUAUUGACCUGUUAUAGGAAUUUAUUAUAUGUUUGUCAUUACAUAUCAGCAAAUCAGAAAUAUACAUGUAAAUGUUGUUGCAUGUACAUAAAUCUAAUACAAUGAUUUCAUCCGUAGCUCUUGACUACGUAGCCCGCCCAUUUUUAUUUCUCGAUUCACUGUGGAGAUCCAUCGUGUAAUGAGACUGCAUGAACAUCAUUUUAGAGUGCAAUAUGUCUUGGUGUUUCAUAUGUUGAAUUCAUUACAAAUACAUUUUUUGUAAUUACCCAUCAUUCCUAAAUAUUUCAUUGAUAAUUAGUAUCUUUUUGCUGAAUAUUACCAAAUGCUAUAUACCAUGUACCAUGUGUUACAAAAAACAUCACAAAAUUUUUCAAUGUUUUGUAAUAUAUACCAUGCUUAUGGAUUUUUAAAAAAAAAUUACAUGUAUUUACAACGUGUCUACUUCAUUUAAUAAAAUCUUACCAGCAAAACAGAGAUUAUGUAAAAAUAAGACAAUUUCAGACAAAGCAAAUUUCAUUUUAUUUCAUUCUAAUUCCAUAACAAUACAGGCAUUUUAUUUUCAGUCUGUAGUUUCACAUAGGAAUGAAUAUUUAUGAUAUUUAAAUUAUAGAUGAGUUUAUCAUAUUUUUAUUAUUGAAAUAAAUCAAUCAUUUGAAUAAUC